UCGCCGGCUGCGCCCGCUCGCGUGACGACGACGCCGCUGCUGCCGUUGCCGUUGCGACUGUCCUCGCGCCGCCGCCGCCGCCCUCCUCCUCGCCUGCCUUCGCUCCCCUCAUGGCCAACUACAUCCACGUGCCGCCCGGCUCGCCCGAGGUGCCCAAGCUGAGCAUCGUCGUCAGCGAGCGGGACCCCUCGGGCGGCGGCGGAGGCGGGGACGGGGAGCCGGGCUACCGCCGGGGCGCCUUGGCGCUGCUCAGCCGGCUGCGGCCUGACUGGAAGGCGGACGACGUGACGCUGAAGAUAUUUACAGAUGGAAUUACCAAUAAGCUUAUCGGCUGUUAUGUGGGUGAAAGAAUGGAUGAUGUGGUCCUUGUUAGAAUUUAUGGAAAUAAGACGGAGCUGUUAGUUGAUCGAGAGGAGGAAGUAAAAAGCUUCCGCGUGUUGCAAGCCCAUGGUUGUGCACCGCAGCUCUAUUGUACUUUCAUUAAUGGCCUGUGCUAUGAGUUCAUGCCAGGAGAAGCGCUGGAUCCGGAGCAUGUUUGCAACCCAGAGAUAUUCCGGCUGAUAGCCAGGCAGCUUGCUAAAAUACAUGCCAUUCAUGCUCACAAUGGAUGGAUUCCCAAGUCUAACCUGUGGCUGAAGAUGGGGAAAUAUUUCUCUCUCAUACCAAAGGAAUUUGCUGAUGAGGAAUUGCACAAAAGGUUUCUAAGGGAUAUCCCAAGCCCUCAGAUCCUUCAGGAGGAAAUGACAUGGAUGAAGGAGAAACUGUCCAACCUGGGCUCUCCAGUGGUGCUUUGCCACAAUGACCUGUUGUGUAAAAAUAUAAUCUACAAUGGAAAACAAGGUGAUGUUCAGUUCAUUGAUUAUGAGUACUCUGGAUACAAUUACUUGGCUUACGACAUUGGAAAUCACUUCAAUGAAUUUGCAGGAGUCAGUGAGGUAGACUAUAGCCUCUAUCCAACCAGAAAACUGCAAGAGCAGUGGCUGAGAGCUUACCUUGAAGCCUACAAGGACUAUAAAGGAUUUGGAACAAAUGUUACCGAGAAAGAAGUUGAGGUGCUGUAUGUUCAGGUCAACCAGUUUGCACUGGCCUCUCACUUCUUUUGGGGAUUAUGGGCCCUGAUUCAAGCAAAAUAUUCCACCAUUGAAUUUGAUUUUUUAGGGUAUGCAAUUGUUCGCUUCAAUCAGUACUUCAAAAUGAAGAAUGAAGUCAUGACAUUAAAACUUCCUGAGUAACAACUAAGAACUUCAGUUUAUCUAUAUCUGAAUAAGAUUCCUUCUGUCUUUUGUCUGAGUACAGAUAAUGGAAAAAGCUAAAAACAUUUGUUAGUUUUGUAAUGUUCCUAUGGUGGUUUUUGCUUUUCAUUGAUGCCUCUAAACAAUCUUUUAAUGUUAAACCUGAAAUGAAGAUCUUACUGCUGUUGUAGAAGGAAUAGAAACAUUAGGUUUAUAAAACAUAGGGAGAGCAAAUUUAAUCCUUUCUCGUAAUUUUUAACGUGAUAUGUGAAUUAUUUAUUAUGAAUUUAACAUUCCAUUGCUGCUUUUCAUCAGUUCUUUUCAAGGGAUGGGGUGUAGGCUAUGAGACUGGGAUGGAAGGUUUUCACAUCUUAUGUUGUAGUGACAUUAACUUAUGAGAAACAUGGUCAGUAUAAAUGUUUUAAAACUGCAAACAAACAAACAAACUUAAACAUGGAUAGGAUCAGUUUGGCUUCAAGUGCAAGUCACUGAUGCUGAUUAAUUAGAGUGCAAGGCUGGGACAAAGCUAUUUUCACAAUGAUACCUCUCCAAGCUCUACCUAAAUACUGUGAAAAAUAAUUCAGCAUCUCUCGUGCUUAGCAUACAGAUUAAAAUUUUGCAAAGACCUGCUCAUUUAGUGAAAGCGUAUUCCCCCACGCUCAUUUCUUGCAAAUACUUUUAAAGCUGUAAGAGACUUUCAACUUCAAAUAUAAGCUUUAAGUGACCACUAUUCUACAGUGUCAUGUUGUUCCCUAGCUUAAAGGAUUGUUCAAAAUUCAGUGAAUGGUUUGGCAUAUAGUACAAGGAACAGGCAUGUCUAUAAAGUACAGUGAGAAAAUCCAAUAGAAUAAUUAGUUGAGCAAUCCUGUAGUGUUUGGGAGCAAAGCUAUGCCAGAGGCUUAUGAUUUGUUCAAUUUUUCUUGGUUUUCUAACCUUUCUUGCUUUUGCUGUCUAGUCUGCAGUACUUAUUUACUUUAGUAAAUUCUGUCCAUAUUUCCUUUGCCAGAAAGGUGGCAGGCCCUUUCUACAGUUAGCCAAAGCCUCCAGCGUAAAAGAUCAUUCUUGAAAUAGAUGGUGUUUGAAGAGUGAGGAUUAGAGCAUAAACGCGGUUUUCUUUUUUUCAAAACUGUCCUACCAAGAAUGGUUUGGAUUUCAAAAAUGUGAAACAGAUGUUUACUCUGAGUAUGCGUGUGUGUGUGUGUGUAAAGGCUUUAAAUUGAGGGGAGGGAGUCACUGCGUGGAGUUGAAUAGUCACACAAUCAACUCCUCAUAUGAAACUUUUCACUUUGGUAACUUAAGUGCCCAUAUGUACAAAGUCUGUGUUCAUAUGCAGUCUGUGUAAACCCAAAUAUACCUUAAGUAGUGAUAUUAUGGGGAGUCUGUUGCACAGACUCAGCAAGGAUAUUUAUUCAGAAUUAUUUUAUAGCACUCUGUAAAUCAAACAUCGCCUAAAAAGUAAGCCUGACUCGUUUACCAAUGCAUAAAGCAAAUGAACGCGGAUCAAACGUUCUUUGGUUUAUUUACAAAAUCAAUCUCAGAUUUGACACAGAUUUUGCAGCAUGUUUUAAUUUUUCAUUUCUAAAGCCACAGUCUUCAAACACCCUGCUGUAGGGUAGUUUCAUGAGGCAGUAGGAUUAAUUGCUAGAAGGUAGUCUGUAGUCCUCAAGCAUGAUUUUAAUGCUAGGGGAUUACCUCUUGGUAUAGUUUCUUAAAUUGGGCAGCUUCUUGAUGUUCAGUCUUAAACCAACUAGUUACAGAAACGAGGCAAAGAUGUUACUGGAGCUUUAGAAAAUUUCAAACCUGAAUAGAUUUGCUCCUGGAGAAACUGAAUUCCUUUAUCAAGGUCCGACUCUGUCUCCAUGCAUUUUAGUGCAUUUCUUUUUAAUACCAUCUUCUAAAAUCCUUACUUCAUUGAAAUACACGGAUGUUACAGGACUGUGAAAGACCUUAAUUUUCAAAAACCUGAAAAUAAUUUGGUUAAACAGUACUUGAGUAUAACAAGUACUGUUUUGAAAGCUGUACACUGGAGGACUGGAUCUUGUUCUUUCUGAUGCCCGUUAGGCUGUAAGGAAUAUUGGGCGAUGACUAUUGUCAUUCUGUUUUGUGAACGUUUUUCGGAGAUGGAGAUGCCAUCCUUAUUUGUCUAAUCAAAAUGCACCACUCUCAGAAGGCUCAGUUGCUGGUGCCGAAAGACCGUUCAUCUGUUUAAUUCCACUGAAGGGAGAAGGAAAGCCUAGAUUGUGUGUUCAGACUGAGCUUAAUCUGAAUGACAACAGCGACAAAUCUUUGUGCAGAUAAUGGAGGCUUCUGUCGAUAAGCGACUUUUCUGCGGAGUUUCCUUAUGGCUGCUUUUCAGCUUUGUUCCUAAAUUCACCAAAUCUUAUUUACAUCAUGCGCACAACAACUGCUGUUUUAAGUUGUUUUCAGAAUGAAUACCCUAUUAGCUCUUCUUGAAGAUGAACGACUGCAGCCAGCACAGUUUUUAGAUCAGGUAUGAAUCUGAUCUUAGUUUCUAAACGAUAGUCAUUUUUCCUUCUGAGCUCCUGAAGUGGCCUUCUGUGAGAAAACCAGAACUUUUUUUUAAUAUUUGAGACACCCUCCUCCCCCCAAGUUUUAGAAACAACCUUACCUAAUUCUAGCUUUUACUUGCCAACAAGUUACUCUGUUGCCUUUACGUUUAAACUGCAGAUUUUGAAUGCCAUCACCAAUGACACUGUAACAAAUGAACUGACAAUACGAAGAGAUUAUUAAUAAUGGCAUUCAUCCCUGUGUAGCAUCAGCCUACAGACCGUAGUGGCCUAGUUGCUUUCUUAAAGCAGAAAUGCGUGUAUCUUUCUCAUCACACUUUGGCAAUCAGACCAGGUUAACCUAUGCCUGAUUGAUCAAGAAGAUAUCAAAGCAUCAUGGGUAACAGCAGUGCUUUUUUUUUUUUGGUAAACAAAAAAGUGGCCGUACUCUCAUAUAAGGUUGCACCGAGUUCCACCAAUUCCCUCCUCGGGACUUAGGUGAGCCUCAAGAAAAGCUCCUGGUACUCAGUAUCCGUGCGUACUGUCACAAAAAAAAAAAAAAGCCCAUGGUAUUGGUGAUGGGUUUUUUGUAUUGUUUUCAACUCUGGCCUGGGAUUCUUCAUCUAAAUUUUGCAGAAGGCUUAGCUAACCGAUUCAUGGUAACCAGGUCUGACUGUGUAUAUACAAUAGUGUAAAUAACCAUUUGUAUACUAGUGUGAAUUGUAUGGUAUCUUGCAUUUACAAACUUAUGUAUUUCAUUGUACUCUCCUUUUUUUUUGUAGAAAUUUUGAUGUAAAGAAAAUAGUUCUUUAUGUGCUGACCUCUUUUGUUAAACUGAACUCUUUCAAGGGGAACUGCUUCGGGUAGCAACAGGAUACAGUAUCUGGGAGUACACAUUUAGCUUUCAUAAUACACUUUUCAGUGUGCCUGUAGCGUCUGCGUUCCUGUUAGCACAUCGACUUCGAAGGAAGUAAUCAUUUUGAAAAUGAGCGAGUUAAUAAAAUAAUCGACUUUAAGUGGCAAUGCUCACUAUUCCAGUAGGGAGCAGAUUGGCUAAUUAGAGGGGGGGGGAUUUCCCAAUUGAGAGACCAACUUAAUUUCUAAAAAUGUUGUGGUAUGUUAGGGCAUCUAUAGGGGGCUUUUGCUGAAGAAAAGGUUUGUGCAGGUUCCUUUCAUGAGAGCAUAGGCCCUUGUAAGUGAGAUACAGGAGCAACAUCAAAGCUUUUUUUUUUAAAAAAAACCCUAAACUGGCAUGAUUAAUAUGACAUGAACUGAUCAGUGAUUCUGGCCCAUGCUUGCAGUGAAACGAUGGUCAAAUAAAUGAGAGAACAUGGUGCCAAGACAAGUUUCCUUAAGCCUGCUGAAUAUUAGGCAGUCAUGUUUUUUAAAAUGUAGUUUUGCCACCACCCCCGCCACGUUGACUUUCUGAAAAAUGUUGCUCGUUUCAAUAGAGGGAGGGCUCUUUCACUGUUAGUUGUGCAGUUGUAUUCAAAGUUGGCUUCCAUCUUCCCCCAUUCCACAGCAAAGCUUUUAGAAUAGUCUCUCAAUGAUCCCAGUUUUUGGAAAGAAUCUCUAAUCUAGUUAAAACUAGUAUUCCUCAUUGAUCUGGCAUACAUGUUGGGAGCUGGUAUUGCACUCCAUUGCACCUGGCUUGACUGAGAUUGCAAAUGCAUUUAACUGUAGAACUUGAAUAAGAAGACUGAGGCGGUACAAUCACACACCACCAGAUAGAGCAUGACCAAGUAGACCUUUGUGGCAUGCAAAUUUCUGGAACGGAAGAAAGUAAAUAAGAGAAUUGCUGGCUCAUGCCACUGCUAAGGCAAGUUGACACUGCAUUUUGUUUUCAUAGUGGUUUUAGUAAAUCACAUAAUAGAUGCUAGCAUAUUGGAAAUUUACCAAAGUAUUCUUUUUACUUACACUAACCAAGAAAAUACGUUAAGAAUUGUUUUGUAACUGUCAAGAAUGUAAUCCUGAUGAUAACUUCACAAAGACAGGUGAACGUAAUCUUAGGGAAUCAGAUUUUAAACACACAGUUCAAUCCAGUGCAGUGUCCAAUCGAAACUCGUGAGCUCUGCAUACAAUUGCACUGUUAAUCUAAGACUUCACAUUGAUACUGGCUAUUGAAAAGUUGCUCUCUACCCUUUCAGUUUCUCAUAGGAUUGGAGUCUCUAGUCUAGUAUCUGAUAGUGCACUCAGAGCCUGAAUAAAUAUUUGCAUAGAGUAAGGAUUGGAAAACUGAAAGGUUUGUGUGCGAAUCUGCCAUUUUGAUCAUUUCCGGCAGCCAUUCAAUGCUUGUCUGGAGUUGACACCAAACUUCAAGUUGCUGGAUGGGUUUGAGCAAACCAUUCUUGCUCUCCCGAAAAAUGGAAAUUAAUGAAUGAAAAUGAAUUUAAUGAAAAAUGCGAUUUGUGCCCUAAUUUGAAAGUUGUAUGUGAAGUUAAACAACAAAGCACUUAAAACUAGUUGUAAAGCACUCAGCAGAAAGUGCGACAGAACUUUAUAAAUGUAGUAAAGGCAAAUCCUUACCAGCUUCGACGGUACUGUGGGGAAGUGCUGAAGAAAAGGAAAAGCACAACCAAAUGCAAUAUUUGAAAGGAGCAAAUGUGGAUAAAGAGCACAUUGCGUUUGGGUUGCAGUCUGCAAAGCAAGUACAGAGCAAGUAAAGUGGUUAAGAUCUAGUGGGAUCUCUGGAAGAAGCGUGGAUGUUUGCCGUGUACCCCUGCCUUCAUAAAGCUCUUCUGACCUGGGGGAAGUUCAUUCCCAGUGCACACUGGUCCUGUGACACUCCCCUUUCCAUAACGGUCAGGGAGAAGGGAGCAAAUGCCCCUUCCCAGGAGGGCAGCUCUUGGUUCACGCCCUUCCUCCUCUUCACUGCAGAUCCCUGGCCCACUUGGCUGCUGGUUCAGAUGAUUCCCAGGGUCACAAGGUGCAACUUCUGGAGUUAGUAGUGACAGCUUGGAGGGGGGUAGGGGCUGAUCACUGGAUCCAACCAAAUAUCUCAAGCUUCCUAGAAUACUCUCUGGCCAGCUGCCCAUUACAAAGGUAGACCAUAAUUGUUUAUGUCUGCUUUAUAAUUAACUAUUGCAAAGUAGUCUUAGCACUGAGUAUCUUGAUACCUCAGGUAAUUAAAGCUUAGCUUUUUAGAGUUUUCUUGAGGCCCAGUGUCCAUCUUUCUCUGACGACUCGCGAGCAGUACUUCCCAUGACUUUCGUCCCAUUAAACAUCCAAACCUAUGUUUGUUGAGUCCAGUCUUGUCCUGUGAAUAAAAUGGGCUUGCCUGUCUAGGAAAGAGGAGGGGAAGUGACCUCCUCGGUAUGUUACGAAUGGAAUUAAACUGUGCAUUCUGUUCAUUGGCUUGUACUGGAGUGAAAUGUAUUUCUUUUUAAGCUAAGCAUUGUUGAAGCUAUGUAACAAGGCCCUUUUACCAUUGAUUUCAAUGAAGGAAUGUAUCUUGCAAAGAGAUUUAUAUUAUGUAAAUAAUUCAAAAAUGGUUGUAACAAUAAAGCUGGUUUCUAACUGCAAUAA